CUCACAAAAAUGGCAAAGGCUAUCUUCCUCGUGGCCCCGUUGCUAGUUUUGGGGAAUGUUAUCUUUAUCAAAGCCUCGUUUUCGCCCAGCAUCAUCCUAGAUAUGGCAAAAAUCAUUAUGGACAAUUACUGCUCACCAGAGAAGCUGGUAGGCAUGAAGGAGGCAAUCGCAGCAGCUGGCGGCAACACAGAGGUUCUCAACAUCCCAGACGGUGAGUCUUUGGCUAGAGUCCUCAAUUCUGGAGUCCAGACCACCGUGAGUGACCCACGAUUGGAAGUCUCCUAUGAGCCAAACUACGUCCCUGUGGUUCCCCCGCAGAUGCCUGCCUUACCCCCUGAGCAGCUCGUUGCCGUCCUCCAGACCUCGAUCAAGCUCGACAUCCUGGAGGGAAACAUCGGCUACCUGAGGAUCGAUCACAUCCUUGGAGAGGAGGUUGCUGAGAAGGUUGGACCUCUGCUUCUCGACCUGGUCUGGAAUAAGAUCCUUCCAACCUCAGCUCUCAUCUUUGACUUGCGCUACACCGGCAGCGGGGACAUCACGGGAGUCCCCUACCUUGUGUCUUACUUCACUGAUGCUGAGUCUGUGAUUCACAUCGACAGCGUGUAUGACCGUCUUUCAAACACCACCACGAAACUGAAUUCCCUGCCAACGCUGCUUGGGGCCAGAUAUGAGCUUAGCAAACCCCUCAUUCUCCUCACGAGCAAAAACACCAAGGGGAUCGCCGAGGAUGUUGCCUACUGCCUCCAGAACCUGAAGAGGGCCACCAUUGUGGGCGAGAAGACCGCUGGGGGCUCUGUCAAAGUAGAUAAAUUCAAAGUGGGCGACACUGACUUCUACGUUACAGUUCCUACCGCAAAGUCCAUCAACCCCAUCACCGGCUCAUCAUGGGAGGUUACAGGUGUGACCCCCGAUGUGGAGGUCAACGCAGAGGACGCCCUCGCUACCGCCAUCAAGAUCCUCAACCUCCGUGCCAAAGUUCCAGCCAUUAUCGAGGGAUCAGCGACUCUGGUUGCCGACAACUACGCCUUUGAAGAUAUUGGGGCUCAUGUGGCGGAAAAGCUGAAAGGUCUUCUGGCAAACGGCGAGUACAGCAUGGUUAUCUCCAAGGAAAGUCUGGAGACAAAGCUGUCCGCUGAUCUGAAGACCCUGUCUGGGGACAAGAGCCUGAAGACCACCAGCAACAUCCCAGCCCUGCCACCCAUGAAUUAUUCUCCAGAGAUGUUCAUUGAGCUGAUCAAAGUGUCCUUCCACUAUGAAAUAUUGGAGAACAACAUCGGCUACCUGCGCUUCGACAUGUUCGGAGACUUUGAGGAGGUCAAGGCCAUCGCCCAGAUUAUUGUUGAGCAUGUCUGGAACAAAGUUGUCAACACUGACGCUAUGAUCCUCGACCUCAGGAACAACAUUGGUGGCCCAACGACAGCCAUUGCAGGCUUCUGCUCUUACUUCUUUGACGCUGACCAGCAGGUUGUGCUGGACAAGCUGUACGACAGAACAACCGGGAACACAACAGAGCUCCUGAGCCUGUCUGAACUCACUGGCCCAAGAUACGGCUCUAAGAAGAGUCUGAUCAUCCUCACCAGUGGAACGACUGCUGGCGCUGCAGAGGAGUUCGUUUACAUCAUGAAGAAGCACGGCCGCGCAAUGAUCGUUGGAGAUACCACCGCCGGGGCUUCACACCCACCCAAGACCUUCAGUGUUGGUGAGACCAACAUCUUCCUGAGCAUCCCCACCGUCCACUCUGAUACCUCCAACGGUCCAGCCUGGGAAGGGGCGGGCAUCGCGCCGCACAUACCCGUCCCAGCUGCAGGUGCCCUCGAAGUGGCCAAGGGCAUCUUCAACAAAAACUUCGGACCCCAGAAGUUAACCACAUCCUGA